ACUACUAGACUACUCUGCACUCCUACCCGGACCCUACAAGACCCUGAGGAACCAUUUCUGACAGACACUACCGAGGCCCUCUCCAAAAUGGCCAAGGUGUACAAGAAGACCAGUGGGAAUGGGGGACUCAGCCUCUACCUGGGAAAGAGAGACUACGUGGACCAUGUGACCAAGGUGGACAGCGUGGAUGGGGUCGUGAAGCUGGACCCCAAAGACUUCGGGAGCAGGAAAGUGUUCGUGCAGCUGACCUGCGCCUUCCGCUAUGGCCGUGAGGACCUGGACGUGAUUGGCCUGUCGUUCAGGAAGGACAUCUGGUACGAACAGAUCCAGAUCUACCCUGAGAGCCACCAGCCCAAGCUGAGCAUCAUGCACGACACCCUGAUGAAGAAGGCCGGGGACAACGCCUACCCGUUCACCUUCGACAUUCCCAACAACCUCCCUUGCUCGGUCGUUCUGCAGCCAGGACCGGACGAUAAGGGCAAGGCCUGCGGCGUGGACUUUGAGGUGAGGACGUACCUCGCCAUGGAGGCCGACAACCCAGAUGAGAAGAUAGAGAAGAAGGACACCGCUCGGCUCAUCAUCAGGAAAAUCCAGUUUGCCCCGGACCUGGCGGGGGCCGGACCCAAGGCCGAGCUCCGCAAGAACUUCAUGAUGUCGGACAAGCCCAUCCAUCUAGAAGCCUCCAUGGCCAGAGAUCUCUUCUUCCACGGUGACUCCAUCCCAAUCAAGAUCAAGGUCAACAACGAGACCAGUAAAACGGUCAAGAACAUCAAAAUCUCGGUGGACCAGGCCACAGACAUCAUCCUCUACUCCGCAGACAAGUACACCAAGUGUGUCCUGAACAAGGAGUUCAGUGAGACGGUUGAGGCCAACGGGACCCUGGAUAAGACCCUCUGCAUCACCCCUCUGCUGUCAGACAACAAGGAGAAGAGGGGGCUGGCACUCGACGGACGGCUGAAGGACGAGGACACGAACCUGGCCUCCUCCACCAUCUUAAGGGCAGGCAUGGAAAAGGACGUACUGGGAAUCAUGGUCUCUUACAAGAUCAAGAUUCACCUCAUUGUGGCCGGAUCAGGCUUGCUGGCUGGACUCACUGGAAGUGAUGUUGAACUAGAACUGCCGUUAAUCCUCAUGCAUCCAAAACCCACAGGUAUAACACACACACACACACACACACACACACACACACACACACACACACACACACACACACACACACACACACACACACACACACACACACCAGCCAUCUUGGUUCCAUCUUUGUCCUGA